UGGAUGAGGACUGUGUGACCCUCUGUAGACCCAUUGUGUCUUAAAUCAGCUGAGGAACACACUAUGUAAGCGGUUUCGGUAAAAUAUCGUGGCAGGACAAUUCGAUAAUGUCCGCUUCCCCAGAACCGACCGAGUUUACUGCGGAGGCAGUGGAGAGGGCUCUUCAGCAGCUGUACUAUGAUCCGGACAUGGUGCAGAAAAACGUGGCCCAAAAGUGGCUGGCAGAGGCACAAGCGUCACCGCAGGCGUGGCACUUCUGCUGGGCACUGCUGAGCCAUGACAAGGUACCUGAGAUCCAGUUUUUUGGUGCAAGCACCCUACACGGCAAGAUCUCCAACCACUGGCACGACCUCACUUCUGAGCUUCGUGAGUCUCUUCGCUCUCAGCUCGUCACCCAUGUGUGCCACUUUGCUCUCGGCCCCAAGAUGGUGCUGACGCGCCUCUGCGUGGCUCUGGCGUCUCUGAUCCUCCGCACCCUACUCGACUCCUGGCCCAGUGCUGUGCCUGACCUCCUGCAGGCGUUCCAGAGCGGAGAGGGCACAGCUGAGGCGGCCGGCCGGCGCCUGGCCCUGCUAGAAGUGCUCACUGUGUUGCCUGAGGAGCUCCAGAGCAGGAAGUUCACAUCAGGGAAUCAUGCCAGUCUUCAAGCUGCCCUGGUGCAAGAAUGGACCUUGUUGUGUCCGGUGCUGACGGAGCUGCUGCGGUGCGAAGGCUCGGCGUGCAGCGUGAAGGAACGAGCACUGCGUUGUCUGCCGUCUUGGCUCACACUUGGCGUCGAUUUGAGUCAGAGCGAAGGAGCGUUGCAGGAGAGCUUGGCACUACUUAAAGUGCCUGAGCUUUUUGACACGGCUGUAGAGUGCAUCGUCGGUGCCCUCUCAGUGCCUGACUGGCAAAGAUCUGCGGACAGUCUGGUGAAGUUGUUGCCCCGUGUCCUGGAGCUCCAGGAGCAGCUGAAGAGGGCAGUGCAGGACAGAGACAUGGAGACGUCGCACGGAAUCUGCCGCAUUGUCGUCGCUCUCGGUGAAACUCAUUGCAGAACAAUGUUGGAACAGAUCGGACACUGGCAGGGUUUCCAGGCUCUGGUCAGCAUGAUUCUGUCCUGCACUGCGAUUCCUGGUAACUACCCAGUGGACGAGACUUCCAGCUCACUCACACUCACGUUCUGGUACACACUGCAGGACGACAUCACGUCACUGGAAACGGAGAAGCAGACGUUUUACCUGCAGCUGUACAGACCCGUUUACUUCCAGCUGGUCGACGUUCUUCUGCACAAAGCACGCUUUCCCAACGAGCACGACGACACCUCGUGGUCUUCUGACGACAAGGAACAAUUCAGAACGUACAGAGUCGAUAUCUCGGACACUCUCAUGUGUGUGUAUGAGCUGCUGGGCCCCGAACUAUUGCGCAAACUGUACGACAAACUCGGCGUGUUGCUGACCGACACGACACACGCCUCGUCAUGGCAGGAUAUAGAGACUCUGCUGUUCGGUUUCCAGUCCAUAGCUGACACAGUGGACAUCAGUUAUUCAGACGUGAUCCCAGGUCUGAUCGGCCUCAUCCCGCUCAUCUCUGUGAGCAGCGUUCAGCUCGCAGAGACCGUCAUGCUCACACUAGGCUCACUGGCCGAGUGGUUGUCGGAUCACCCAGUCAUGGUGCCCGCUGUCCUGUGUGUCGUCUUGCCUGCCCUGUCAGACGCUGACCUGUCCGUGCCCGCCAUCUCCACGCUGAAGAGAAUCUGCCGCGAGUGCAAGCAUCACCUUUACGCGCACGCCAACGACAUCCUGUCAUCCUCACAGGAUGCACUCGUUAAGCGAAUCCACAAGAGCCCUCAGAGCACGUGGCUGAUGCAGGCUCUGGGAUUUUUACUCUCGGCCAUGCCGGAUGAGGAGAUUCCGGAAAAGCUGCUCUCUCUCCUCUCGCCUCAUAUCCAGGAACUGGAGCAGCUGGCCAAUCAGGCGCCCACUCCUGCCACUAAAAACUCUACGCUUCAAGUUCUGGGCCUGAUCUCCAGCCUUUUCUCUACUCUGGACUUGAACAUGCAUGGCGAAGGACUGGACGGGGUUAAAGGUCAUCGAUUUGCUGCUCACGACAAUCCGGUAGUCGUCGUGCUACAGCAAGUGUUUCCUCUCAUCCAGACACUUCUGAGCAAGUGGCUCAAAGACACCGAAGUGGUGGAGGCCUCAUGUGCUGUUUUUGAGAAAUCCCUGAAGACCCUUGGCGCUGAUUUUGCUCCUCUCGUACCUCAGCUUUGUGAGCUGAUUAGUCAGCUGUUCAGCGCCUACCCACAAGCCUGUGCUUUGGAUCUUAUACAGCAGCUGCUUCAGAUAUUUGCCUGUGAGAAGGAACAUGUCUCGUCGAUCGCUGCGGUUCUGGAACUUGUCACAAACGUAACCAUGUCUGUUUUUCAGCAUGGUGCAAGAGACCAUCCUGAUAUGGUCGAGUCAUUUAUGAAGCUUCACGCCCAGGUUUUGAAAAGGAAACCAGAUCUGUAUCGCUCGGAAGGUCUUGAUAUCAGAGUGGUCUUCUACUGUGGGAUUUUAGCUUUCAAAUUUCCUGAGACGCCCACGCUGAGGUCCACAUGCGGACUGUUUACAGAGCUGAUGUCUCACUGCGAGGACGUCCCCGCUGUCCGGGGUGUGCUGCAGGAGGACGGCCUGCUGCUUCUUCAGACCCUACUGGAGGCUAUUGGUAUCCAGGCUCCCCAGGGCCUGCUGGAGCACCUGGCUGAAGUUCUGUUCUCCAUCAGUGUCCACUGUCCCAGCUUACUCGAGACUCGGUUGCGAGAUGCCUUGCAGCAUGGCGCCUUCCCCUGCGCCUUAAUCACUCCGGAGCACAAAGAGCGCUUCUGCCAGCUGAUCCUCAGGGAACAAGUGAGUAAAUGGAAGAUGAGGGACAUUGUGAAGGAGUUUUCCAUGUUGUGUCGGGGUCUACAGGGAACAGAGGACACCACGGAAUACUGAACAUCCAUGUUUUUCAGACACUGAAUUUUUUUUGGGGGGGGGGAUGGUCUGCAUUUGCCAUUUUAUAUAUCGCCAGGUCAGUGUUCUCGGACUAAUUUCAUAUUAUACAGUGUAGUUUUUCGAAUGUGUGUUGAGUCUAAGAGCACAAAGAACUGCUCUAUGCACUACUUCAUCAUCAGCUGUCAUGUUUUUUAAGGUGCCUUUACAAGCCAUUGAGAUCAUCCCAGAUUUGUCUCCGACAGGCCUGCCGACGGGGGGGGGGACAAACGGGUAUGUUGUCCCGGGCCCAGGAAUGGGGGGGGGCCCAGAACUGGGCUCUCAUGAAGUUGCGAUAUUGGGGGAGAAAUGUGCUAUAUUUGCAUUCAAUAAAUGAUUUCUAGAUCUUU